AUGUGCGACUCAUCGGUGUAUGAAUACACACAGUCCAUGAUCUCCGUACAUCAGCCCAGUCCCUCGCGAAGUAUCAAACGAAAAUGUCAUUAUGAUGAUGAUACCGUUACAGAUGCGCCGAACCCCAGCACAGAUGGCCUAUGUCCUCAGACGGCUGCCCAGCGUACGCAGUCACAUUUACCCGGCUCAGAUGAACUUGCCGAGUUUUACCCGUUGCCCCCGAAUUUAAACCAAGCCGUGCUAGCAUCUGUGGGCGUGGGUGGCUCCAAGCAGCGUGAUUUGCCUAUGCGCGCUUGGGGGAUGUGGUCGUAUCGCACAACCCCUGGUCUUCUUCAGCCCCCGACCUCAUCAUCAGCCGUUGACUCGUACAGUAUGGACGAAGAUAUGACUAGUAUUUCUCCGCGCCAUGGCCCCCAUUGCCAAAGUAUCCCGCAACUGUCAGUCCGGUCUUUUGGCCCUACUUCGCAAUUAUGGGCUUACUGUCCCGAUUGUCACGCAUUUGCCAAAGUGCCAGACAACUAA